AGCAGUCCCUCCUGCUCAGCUUCUAGCCAGCCUGUCAGGUGAAAUGCUCUCCUUCCACUGUUUCUUUCCUUCUAAUCCUCCUGUAAAUCUCCUGUAAUCGGGCGAGAGCAUGCUGCCUCCUGACAAACUUACAGCUACAGGCUGCCUGCUGCCUGACUUUGUGUUCAUUGUCUAUGUAAAGACCUGGGAGGAGGAUGGUGUGGCGGUGGUGAUCUAUCGGACAGCCUAGGCACACUGUAAGGAGGGGGUUAGAGCACUUUAGCUGGAGCAGCACGGGUCUGUUGUUGCUGGUACUUAGCCAGACAAACCCAGAGGAACAGAGGAAGAGGGGAUGCAUAUGCUGUAUUGUCCCAGGAAGACGGAGAAAGGGAGUAAACAGAGGGAGAGAGAAGAGGACAAUACCCGCCAUUGGAUAGACAACCAUUUUAUGGGAGCAGUUGUGAUGUGGUAAUCAUCAGCAGGGUCCAGGCAGGGUCCUCUCCACAUCUCAUCCUCCCGUGGGCAGAGGAGGCCUCUUGGUCGGGUGUGAUCCCCUCCUCUCGGUGGUCCACCUGGUGGUCCAGUGAUGGCUCAUGCACGAGAUGAUCCCCAACUAGGCGCUGGCCCGUCCGAGGAUUCUGAACUCUCUGAGAAUGAGUCCGAAACGGCGAGCUUGGUGUCGGAGGACUCUGUCAUGCCAGACUAUGAGAUGGUGCGGGGUAGUGGAGGCACCACCUCUACGCUGUACGAGGCCUGUAACAGGAACGAGGCGAUGACGCUACAGAGGGUCCUGGAGAGGGGGGUUACUAAGGAAGAGGUUAUGGAGCUGGACAUCAAUGGCAUGAAUGGUCUGAUGCUUGCUGUCUCCAGAGGCUAUGUGGACAUGGUCUACGGUCUACACACGUGUCCACUGAUCGACAUUAACCAUCAGGACAACGAAGGCAACACAGCACUGAUGAUCGCUGCCCAGGCCGGCUACAUCUCCAUUCUAAACUUCAUCCUGAACUACUACCCUAAGAUAGACCUGGAGGUGAGGGACACCCGGGGCUUCACUGCCCUCAUCAAGGCAGCCAUGCAAGGCAGGGUAGACUGUGUGUCUUCCCUCCUCAUGGCCGGUGCAGAUAUCAACGUAGUGGAUGAGGUCCGGGGGAAAAGCAUCAUGGACUGGGCCCUGAAGACGGGUCGCUUCGAGGUCCUGCAGCGUCUCCGUUUUCUCCAGGCGCACCCCAUCGCCGAGCAGUUCUGCGACAGCUACGUGAUAGAGUGGCCCGAGCUGAAGGAGCUGGUUGCCAAAGCCAUGAUCCCCAAAACACUGACUCAACGUCUGAAGGACAGCCUGACCAUUAGCUUACCCAGGGACCCUCAGGACAACGGAGUGAUGGACCACCUGGUGAAGAUGACCACAUCCAUCCACAGCCCUCUAGUCUCCACUGGCUGCCGGCCCCUCUGCCCCACAAGCCCCCCCGAGCUCGGGAAGAGGCGCCUGGCCGUGCCGGAGCUGAUGGAGAAGCACAGCAGUAAGGACCUGGAGGAAAGCUCUGUGUGUCAUAGUAACGGUGUGAAAUGUUCCUUCAAGCCUGCGCCAGCGUCGUCGAGCCCCUUCUCACUCGCCAACUGCUGCUCGAACGCGGAGUGGAGGGAUAGUAUUCUCUCGAUGGCUGCCAGCGGCGUCCGGAACUUCAUUCCUUGUUCCAUUGCCCACCGGAACUCUGUAUUCCCGUCUGGUUGCAUCCCCAAGAUCACCUUCACCAAGUCUCAAGACAAAACACCCAAGAAGGCGAAGAAGGCGAAGAGACACAAGGGUCACCUGGAGCCUCCAGUCUGGAAGUACAAGGCGGAGAAGCAGGAGAAGAAAAAGGAAAAGGAAAAGUUGGAGGAAGAGAAGCAAGCGCAAGAGAAGGCACUUAAGAAAGCUAAGAAGAAGGCAGCCAAGGUGGCGGCCAAGUCAAAGGAGCCUGCCAAGGCAAGUUAAACUGCUGUCUGUAAAGUGCCACAGAGUGGGAGCACAGAACUCUGGGAAAAUAGAGCGACCUCUGUGCUGUCAUCAGACAGAAGAGGAAGUGAGACACCCCACUCGCAGUUUUGUUUACUGAUUGAAUGAAAGUCAAUGAACUGAGUAGACCAGACCCAGCUGCUAUUGCAUUGGUGUCCAUGGGAGACCCACCCCUGUUAAGUAGACCAUUUUUUUCAAUGAUAAAUGGCCUGAGAGAACUAUCUUGAUUUAUCCACCAUCUUUGCUGUCAUCUGCUACUAACUGCAUUGUAUCCACUGUGAUGAUGUCAUAUAAGACGGACAAGGGGACAGCUCCCCUGUGGUGGCACCUGCCUGGGGUCAUCAUGGAGGCUCAGUUGCAGCCCUACCUUGGGGCCUCCAAUAACAUGGGUGGAAACUAGCAUCUAAGCCGGACUAAGUCUAAUGGAUUGACUGUUGUUUUUCCUCUCUGCUGGGAUAUGUGGCUGUAAAGACUGCAAUGGCCUGGACAUUCCUAGACAUUAUUAUGUGGAAUUCUAUUUUUCUGUUUUAAAUUAUUUUGUUGAUUUAUUUAUUUUAGUUCAGUUGUUAAAAAUAUCAGUAGAGUUUGUUUGGUCUUCCAUGUUCAUAACUAACCAAUCGAAACUGUGAGGGAACCAGAGCCAUAGCAAAGAAAUCUCUAGUUUCUGAUAAGCAAGGUACUUCCUGAAAAAGAAACAGGACAUUAACAUGAGUUAGGCAAAUGAUUAGGGAGGAUUAUGAACAGGGUUUCAGAGUUGCCUGUUUGAUAAACCUCAUGGUCAGAUAUAGCACAACCAGACCUGGGGUCAAAUACAAUUUAAAAGCAUUUCAAAUGUUUCAGCUGUGCUUGAGAGAGCUUGCCUGUUGAUAUGGAAACAAUAUAAAAGUCCCAAAAGUGCAAACCACACCCAACUGGCACUCCAGGCAAGCUAAAGCAAACACUGAAUGUUUUUGUAAGAUUUUGAAUAGUAUUUGAACCCAGGUCUGACCACAACGCACGUCUGAGUUCCAAUCUGCUCUGUGCUUUGUUUUCCUAUGUACUCCAAUUAGCAGUCUUCCGAAAGAAGUAGAUUUUUUACUGUUACCGGUGAGAGGACUUUUAUCAAGAGUAGGAAUAUAAUAUCAGGGAUCCCCUCAGUUUUGAUGAGGCUCAGGUAUUUAAAGAUAAACCUGAGUGGCGUAUUAUUAUGCUGCACAAACCUGAUCAGUUACAAGAAAUUGUUUGUUGAUCCAGUUCACAAGUUGUGAUGGAGCUGAAAUUUGAAGUAUGUUAUUCAGUAGGAAUCAGCUUCUGUCCUAAUAGUAUGUGAUGGUUCUUUUUAAAUAACAUCAUCAUCCUCGUCAAGGAUCCAGAAAAUCGUAUGUGUAGUGGCUUUUGCCAGUCAAAAACCAUUGAUGUGUCAGAUACGGCUCCUACAAUAUUCUAUUACAAAACCAAACAUUAAAACGUUUAAAAACACAACAUCCAUGUGACUUAGUGAUGAUCCUUCUUCCCCCUAUAUCCGAUAGAUUUAGCAGCUUUGGCUAUAGGCUAAGCUGGGUUAGUGUGUGAGCUCAGUGAGCUUGUUAACUGGUGCUAUUAUAGUCACAGUCAGAUCAGACAAUAACCAUGUAGCCUAACCAUAGAUACGUAUGUAACCAUGGGGUGUAACCAUACAACCUAACCAUAGAUACAUCUGUAACCAUGGGGUGUAACCAUACAACAUAAUCAUAGAUACGUCUGUAACCAUGUGGUGUAACCAUACAACAUAAUCAUAGAUACGUCUGUAACCAUGGGGCGUAACCAUACAGCCUGACUAUAGUCAGUACUUUCAGUACUUUCAGAAAGUAUUCACACCCCUUGAAUUUGUCCACAUUUUUUGUGCUACAAAGUGGGAUUCAACUGGAUUUAAUAGUACAUUUUUUUGUCAACGAUCUACACAAAGUUUUCUCAUAUCAGCCAUUUAACUCUGUAACUCGUUUAAAAUCCCCAUUGGCCUCAUGGUGAACUCCUUGAGCGGUUUCCUUCCUCUCUGGCAACUGAGUUAGGAAGGACGCCUGUAUCUUUGUGACUGGAUGUAUUGAUACACCAUCCAAAGUGCUACCAUGCUCAAAGGGAUAUUCAGAGUUGGCUUUUUUUUACCCAUCUACUACAGAGCCUAAAUAUAGAUACAUCUGUAACCAUAGUGAGUAACCCUACAGCCUAAAUAUAGAUACAUCUGUAACCAUGGGGAGUAACCAUACAGCCUAAAUAUAGAUACAUCUGUAACCAUGGGGCAUAACCACACAGCCUAAAUAUAGAUACAUCUGUAACCAUGGGGCUUAACCAUACAGCCUAAAUAUAUAUACUGUACAUCUGUAACCAUGGGGCGUAACCAUACAGCCUAAAUAUAUAUACUGUACAUCUGUAACCAUGGGGCGUAACCAUACAGCCUAAAUAUAUAUACUGUACAUCUGUAACCAUGGGGCGUAACCAUAAAGACUAACAAUACGUCUGUAACCAUAGCGACUAACUAUAGAUAUGCAUGUAACCAUGGGGCGUAACCACACAACCUAACCAUAGGUAGCGGCAUAACCCAAAGGAUGCAAUACAUGGGAGGGGUAAUGUCCACUCGGCCAGUAAUCCUCCAAGUCAUUGUGCAGAUCUCUUUUGUACUUAAAACUUAAUGGGGCUUUUUUGUAUUUUACCCCCUUUUUUCUCUCCAAUUUCAUGAUUUCAAUCUUGUCUCAUCGCUGCAACUCCCCAAUGGGGUCGGGAGAGGGUCGAGUCAUGCGUCCUCUGAAACAUGACCCGUCUAACCGCGCUUCUUAACACCCGCACACUUAACCCGGAAGCCAGCUGCACCAAUGUGUCGGAGGAAACACCCCAAGUACAUCCCCCCCCCCGGCCAAACCAUCCACUAACCCGGAUGACACUGGGCCAAUUGUGCGUCACCCUAUGGGACUCCCGGUCGGUUGUGACACAGCCUGGGAUCGAACGCAGGUCUGUAGUGACGCUCCAAGCAUUGCAGUGCUCUUAGACCGCUAUCUCCAGACCAUAAAUAUCAGUCUAUAAAUAAACAAACAAGAUCCAUUUGGAAAAACAAACAGACAAAUAGGUAGGAGGAAUAAGAUUCAAACUAAAGCAAUCAUUUUUAAAUUUACAAAAGACACUCAUCAACUUUUCAUGUCAGUAGAUCAACCUACCAAGAUAGAACCAAUGAAACUUUCUCAAUGUAUCUCUACAAUAUUUGUCUCAGUUCCCCUUUGCAGUUGGGGAACUAGUCAAUAUACAGUCUACAUCAAAAUAAAAGCCCUAAGGAGGUCAGAGAGAGACCAUAGUAGCACCUUUUACUAAAGACUGAGUCUGCCUCCAAAAUGGCAACCUAUUCCCCAUGUAGUGCACGAAUUCUGACCAGAGCCCUAUGGGCCCUGUUCAAUAGGGAAUAGGGUAGCAUUUGUGACUGGGAGUCCUCAGACAGGAGAUACAUACUGUAUAUCACAGACUGUUUAUGCUUUUCCAUGAUGACUCAUGUUUUCUAUAACUUAGAAAAAUGGCUGCACGGCACAUUAUGUUACUGUACAAAUGCACAUUUAUGUUUCACAGGUAUUUUCAUUCAGGAUGUGCUCUACUUUAAAAUUUGAAAAGUGCUCAACUUCUUGUAGAAGCAGACAUUGCCUGACUCUCUAUUCUAUUGAAUAAAAUCCUAAAUAGG